CCGACCGAACGAAAGACAAUCCGAACGUCGACAUCCCAAGACCGUCAAAAUGCCUUCCGAAGUCUCCGAUAUCAAGCAGUUCAUCGAGAUCUGCAGGCGCAAGGACGCCAAGUCCGCCUGCAUCAAGAAGAACAAGCCUUCGAACAACAUCAAGUUCAAGGUCCGGGCUUCGCGAUUCGUCUACACCCUCGUCCUCAAGGACGCUGACAAGGCCGAGAAGCUCAAGCAGAGUCUGCCCCCGGGUCUUACCAUCACCGACGUUGGCAAGAAGAACCCCAAGGGCAAGCGUGCCAUUUAAGCGAUUCAUCGGGAUGGGAUUAUGACAUACGAUCAGGCGAAGGAGGGGAGACGACGAAAACACCACCAUGCAUAUUGAGGAAAAGGUGGCAGGACGUUUGGCGUCUUCGGAUGGCUGGCUUCUCUACUGG